GUGUGUGAAAUGAAGCGGCUUGGUGUGAAGUGAAGCGUUACUGGGAAUUUCCCGAAUAUUGAGGAAUAAUAGUGAUGGAGAGUUUUUGGUCUCUUUCUGUAUAUCAGAGGCACUGAAGGCAAUGAGAAUAACAUCCACUGCAAAUGAUAAGGCAAUGUAAAUUUGAAACAUGAUGGCAGCCUCUACAUCAAAUCAAGAAAACUCUGGAAGCCUUCUGGGUUUAUCUGAUAAAAAUUUGAAUAAGCUGUCUGUGAAGAUUGAGGACUGGUAUGCAUUAGCAAUAGAGCUUGAUAUCGAUGAUGGUUUCCUGAAAGAACUUCGUAAGAAAGAAUUCACCCCUACGGAAAAAUGUGUUACAAUGCUUGAAAAGUGGAGGGAUACCAGCUCAAUGACUAUGGAAGAUCAGGUUGUAAAACUCAUUGAAACACUGAAGGAAGUGAAUAAAGAAGAAAAAGCAAUCGGUUACCUUUCCAAUUUGUUGCCAGGUCCAUCAGUAAUGCAAAUAGCAGAUUUUACCAAGAAAGAUGCAGAUUCUAAACACAUAGUGCAUGACAUUUCUAUUGAAAGACAUAGCAAGAUCGACAGCAUUGUAGGAUCAAUGAACCAAGUUGUUUCUGUGUCUGGCCAAUCACAAGUUGGAAAUGUUGCCAUUAAUCCAAUUGCCAAAACUUUUGUUCAAGCAACAGUUCAACAACUUACAGAAGAACAAAGGGAAGAACAGCUGAACAAUCAGGCUAAAGAAAAAGGGCCUUCAUUGUUGAAAGAUUUACAGCUUCAGUUAAAGAAUCAGUAUAAACGGGCGACUUUUACCGAGUUCACUCCAUCUCAGUGGUCAAAACACAAAAUAGAUAUACAAGAUCUCUUCACUGAUAUGAUAAUGUUUCAGAACCCAAAUUCAGGUAAUGAAAAGAAAGCAAAAGAGAUUAAAAUUGAUGACAUUGCAGCACCCUAUAGGAAAAAAAAUGAUGAUCCUAAGAGGAUUCUGAUCCAAGGGGAGCUUGGAAAUGGGAAGACAACUCUGAUGAAAAGACUUGCUCGUUCUUGGGCUGAUGAUCCCAACAAAGGUGUCUUUGGUGAAAAAAUCGUCUUUUUCCUGGAAUUAAAGAACAUGCAAAAGAAAGGUUUUCUUGAAAAUGCUAUAGAGAAUGGUCUGCCUAAGGACUCCCUUAAAAAGUUUAAGGUUACUUUACAGGUAUUGCAAUGAGUGAUCAUACAAAAUGAUAAACAUUUUGUGUUCUUAUGUGAUGGAUAUGAUGAGCUAUUUGCAGGUGUGGGAUCAGAGCUUGAAGAAGUAUUUAAAAGAAAUGAGUUAAAUGAAAGUGUCCUAGUUGUAACCACAAGGCCUGAUAAUAUGGAUAAAUUAGUUAAAGUCUGUGAAUCACACAUCAAAAUUAGGGGAUUCAAACCUGAACGACAAGAUGAGUACAUAGACAAAUUCUUUAAAGAUGACCUGGACCAAGGACAAAAUCUGAUAAAAUUAAGAAAUGACAAUCAGUACAAACAUAUCUUUGAGAUGGCCAGAACACCACUAUUUCUCUUCUAUCUUUGUACAUUGUGGAAGGUCAAAGGCCAGGUGCCCUCCACUGUAAUAGAACUUUAUCGAGAAUUGUUGGUUUGCAAGGUAAAUCAAUUCCUUGGCAAACAAGAAAAAAGAAAAAUUGAUAAUUUUUCUGAAAUUAAUCUUGAACAUUUUGAUGCUAUGUUGUAUGUUGGAAGAGUUACCUUAAAUGGUUUAUUUGAGAACCGAUUGAACAUCAAGCAAAAGGAAUUAACUGAUGAGAAACAAACAUCAGUUGCAUCUAAACUAGGGUUGAUUUUUGAAGAAACAAAUGUUUCUGAACUCCAUCACAUGAAAAGCUACACUACAACUCAUAAGUCUGAAUCUGAAUUUUUAGCAA